UUUGUAUCUGUCUGCCAAGAAGAGAAGAAGAGCAAUAGAGAAACCAUCAGCAAGUCACCAUGAAACACUUGUUGCAAAUCAAUAUCAUCCCCCUCAUCUUCUUUAUGCUCUGCACCUCAAACAUCAUCAUGAUCAUCAGAGCUCAGCAAGGAUAUGCAGGCAGUGGUGUGAACUGUAGCAUCAAAGGCGACACAACUCCUCCAUCCCCAUCCUACCUUUACACCUGCAACGGCUAUCAUCUCUCUUGCAAUACUUUUCUUGUAUUUAACUCCCAGCCAAACUUCACUUCAGUGUCCUCCAUAUCCAAUCUCAUGUCCAUACAACCCUCUGAGCUUGCCAAGAUAAACAGCGUUACAAAAUCUCACAAGUUUACACAAGGCAAGGAGGUGAUCAUCCCUGUCAACUGCUCUUGCUCAGGUCAGUACUACCAGGCCAACACAUAUUAUGUGAUAGGAGACAGUGAUACUUACUAUUCUCUGGCAACCUAUGUUUACCAGGGACUUAGUUCCUGCAGUUCCCUAGCAAACCAGAAUCCUUAUGAUCAUAAUGACUUGUAUGCUGGACUUAAAUUGUUAGUACCUCUUAGGUGUGCUUGUCCUACAAAAUAUCAAACUAACAAUGGCAUCCACUAUCUCUUAACAUACCCCAUUUUUGAGAAUGAUAGCAUAUCAGACCUACGUGAGAGAUUCAAAGUUAGUGAACAAAGCAUCGUUUCUGCGAAUGGGUUCAGUGAGGAAGACCCUGUUAUAUUUCCAUUCACCACUGUUUUGAUUCCUUUGCCAACACCACCUUCAAGCAACCAAACCAUAAUUCACCACCCAGUUCAAUAUCCUCCACCGGGUGCCACCCCUGGACCAGUACUUGCUCCUCCUGUCAUGACUCAGGGAUCAAAAGGAAGACGUCCUCUGUGGUUUGGUAUUGGAGCUGCUUUCAUUUUCAUCAUCAGUGCUACUAUUGCUCUGUAUUUUCUUCGCAAGAUAGUUGCAGAGGCUGCUGCUAAGAAGAAGAUGAUGAAGAGGAAGAGAUGUGUUCUGCCUAAAGAAAUUCUUGAAUAUCAGGUUGGUGCAGGUCAUGCACUUAAAGUGUUUGGAAUGGAGGAACUGGAAGCAGCGACAGAUGACUUCAGCUCAGAGCGCAGGCUUGGGGGUUCAGUGUACAAGGGAGUGCUCAGAGGUGCUCUAAUGGCCAUUAAGGAGACUUGCAGAGAAGCUUCAAAGGAGGUCAAUAUACUGCACAAGCUCAACCAUUUCAAUCUCAUUAGCCUUGCCGGCGUGAGCUUAGGCAUGGACAACUGUUAUCUGGUGUAUGAGUACAUGGAGAAUGGUUCUCUGAAAGAUUGGCUUUAUAACAAUAGACAUUGGUGUUUGAAACAGAGGAUUCAGAUUGCUGUAGAUGUGGCUGAGGGACUUGACUAUCUCCACAACUUUGCAGAGCCACCAUACGUGCACAAUGACAUUAAGAGCAGUAACAUUCUCCUGAAUGGGAACUUGAGAGCAAAGAUUUCAAAUUUUUCUCAGGCGAGAGCAUCAGAGUGGAAGAAAGGUGGUUGUGAAAUCACAGAGAACGUGAAAGGAACUAUUGGUUACAUUGCACCAGAGUAUCUAGAAUCAGGAAUGGUGACUCCAAAGCUUGAUGUGUUUGCCUUUGGAGUGGUCUUGCUGGAGUUGAUCACAGGGAAGGAUCCUGUGUUUGAGCAGGAUGGAAAGGAAAGGCUCUUAUCAGCAGUGAUAAUAAUGUCCCUGAAUGAAGAAGCCAAGCUAAUAACUGAGUUCAUCGGUCCUGCUAUGAGGGAUGAUAGUCAGCUUGAUCUUGUAAUGGCAAUGGUGAAGCUAAGUGUGGCAUGUUUGAAUCAUGAUCCAGAGAGCAGGCCUAGCAUGAAGGAAGUUGUCUCAAUUCUUUCAAUAAUCCAAUCAGAGUUAAUGAGCCGAGAGAUAGUUUAGUUUAGUUUAGUUUAGUAACAAAU